GAGUUCAAGAUCGUGAUGCGUGACUAGGAGGGAAUAGACGGUAUGACUCGUGCGUUGAAACAAGCGUCGCUUGCUUGUAGGGAAUGGUAGCUGAAAAUAAUUGACCUUUGUUCAGGAAUUUGAGCUCGCCGAUAGAAAUUUCCGGCGCUUUAGAAACUAGUGUUUCAAUUUGACAUGCAGAACAAGUCGUUGAUUCCAGCCGUGUUCUUCCAAAGGACGCAAGUGCAUCUUCUAUCCUGUGAUCCCGUCGACAACGGCCGAGAGUUCUGUUCAAGAUUGUCAGCGAGGGAUGGGUCAGCAGCCCGGCGAGUAACCAAACCACCGGCUGCCAGUGCACAGGAACGCAUGAUUAUGUGAUCAUGCCGGCCAUCGUUAAUAUCCGCUGCUUGCCGCUUCUACUAUAGGAUAACUCACAGAAUGGUCAAACCAAACGAGUCCUCGCCCCACACCGAAGUCACAAGUCCCAAGGUCACGAUCUCCGGCCUCACUGAGGUCAGCCGAACGGAAUCAUCGAUCGAGGACCCACGGCCAGGUACAAAGCCUGUCAUUCUGUGUCCUCAAUCGAGGAAAGAAGAGAAACAAUGCGAACCCCCUCCCAAACUCUCCGCCCUUGUCGAAACCGGCCAAGCAGAAUCGUCGAUACAGGUUCCAUUGCAGCGCGCCUAUCGUGGCGAAAAGUCCGUCAUACCAGCCUCCCUUGCGGACACUCUUUGUUCCGAACUUGGUAUUGGUCGUCUCUUACAGACGCUCAACGACAUCCUGGGGACGUCAUACAACCUCGACGACACUCCAUCCCUCUCCUCCCUUCUCAAUCAGUGCAUCUCAAGGAACUACGACUUUGGCACUGCGUACGGCCAUCUCCGCCAGUCGUGGUACGACGACUUGAGCACCAUACAAGAUAAUUUACGCACAUACGAGAAGAAGGACCGAGAGAUGCGCCGAAAUGCGCUUGUUGGUGACCAGAUUGUCGGCACACAAAUCCCCCCUCGACGCGUUUGGGAUCUGUUUAGUAAUCGGGUGGUGCCGUGGUGGGUCACCAAAGAGAAGUGGCCACAGCCGAUAUCCCAUGCAUGGAUGGAGGGAAACGAUCGUAGUGAUAUUCGUACUCCCAUCAACGGAAAGGAGUGGCCAGUUCCCAUCCCGACAGGCGUCGACCUUAAACUUAUCCGAAUCGAGAUGCUUAAUCUUGGGUUAGAGUAUGUGUGGCUGGACGUCCUCUGUUUGAGACAGAAAGACGGGCCGGGAGAGGAUCUACGUGCAGAGGAGUGGAAAGUGGAUGUGCCCACAAUUGGAUAUCUGUAUCGCGUAGUCGGCGUGGUGGUGUGCUACUUGAGUGGCCUUGGGAGGCCUUUCACUUUGACGGCGAAAGUCUUUCAAAGUCAUCAUUGGUGGUUUAACCGUGCAUGGACACUGCAGGAGGUCGCUGAGGAUCGGAUUAUUGCUGGAGAUACACCCGAUGGACCAUUGCAUACUGAGCCGCAAGACGAGGAGGGUAAAGAGAUAGUAAAGAAGUUUCGGAAGCAACUGCAGGCCUUGGAUGACAUCUCACCGGAUUCAUACAAUAUAUUCGACGUGUUGGCGGAGAUGCAGAAGCGGCAAUCGGCAAAAGCCGUAGACAAGAUCGCAGGUAUGGCGUUUUGCCUCGAAUCGGCUACGAUACCGGCGUACUAUGAGGAUCAGUCUCUCGAAGAUGCUUGGACAGCGCUGGUGAAUACAGUUAUUCCAUGGUUUCGGGGGGACUUAUUCUUCGGGUUUCCUGAACCGGGAACCGGGAACAAAAAAUGGAGACCUUCGUGGGAUCAGGCCAUGGCCAUGCCUCGGCAGAAGGGAGAAUGCGGCGUGUGGGUUGGUCGGGACGAGGAAAAUGGUAACGACUGGUGUCAAGGGUACUGCAUUGAAAAAGGGACUGUGAGAGGAUUGGAUGCGGAAAGGGUUGAUCGACGGGGUGAGCUGACUGUUAUCGGCGCGAACGGAAAAACACAUGCAUUCCAGAUAACUGCCCUCCACCACUACCUAAUACCCGAGGACACAUAUACAAUAAUCGGUGCGCACAUAGCACUGGAGAAUUGGGUCGUCGGGCGAAGAUUAUCAAACAACUGGUUCGAGAAAGUAUCCGUGUUCACAAUGCCUAAUUCAGAGGAACGAAAGAGGUUGCAUGAUCUGGAAGUCACCAAAGAGCUGCGCAAUUAUCUUGUUUGAUACGAACAACAAUUUAUGACCUCUGAUUCCCCUUCAUUGUCAGUUCAAUACGUGAACAGGCAUUCCUCUCUUGGUACAACCCGUUACACCGAGGAGCUGCGCCCUGCAUGCAGUAGGUUU